AUGGAGCUCUAUAUAGGCCUGCUGCUUGUGCUGAUCUUGUGUUCCUUCUCUGGACAUGCAGCAGAGACACCCAACACUGUUCUGGUGCUGGAACCUGACCAAACACAGUUCUACACUGGAGAGUCUGUCACUCUCAAAUGUAACAUAGGGGAGCAGGACACCUCAGGAUGGUGGUACAACUGGCACAGAGAAGAACAGAAGGUUUACCCACCUGGUACCUGGACUGAGAGUAAUGAGUACACAAUACAGGCUCUGCAGGUGUUCCAUAGUGGUAACUACACCUGUACUGCAUUAUACAACCGCGUUGAUUUCAAGAGUGGGACUAAAGCACUAAACAUAUCAGAGCGACCCAAAGCUGUUGUGUCCCUGAGCCCCAGCUGGACUCCAGUGUUCAGUGGAGAGAGCAUCACUCUCACCUGCAGCAUACAGGGAGAGUCCUCAUCAGACUGGAGAUACAGAUGGUACAGAGGAGACCAGCAGGUUCACCCACAGAGAGGCUGGAGUUACAGUGAUGAAUACAGACUGCAGUCUGUGCAGGAGAAUGACAGUGGGGUCUACAGCUGCCAAGGACAGAGAAAAAAAGAUGAGAAGGUUUCUCAUAUGAGUGAUGGUGUUACACUGAAUGUUUCAACCCCACCUGCAGCUACACUGACUGUGACUCCACAGAGUCCUGUAUUCACUGGAGAUAUUUUUUUGGCGCCCCAGCUGCCGGAAAUUUACUGUUUUUUUAAGAGUUUUUUUUUUACAGUGUGGUUUAAAGACACAAGUUACAAAAUUGUGUCUACGGGACGCACAUUUACUCUAAAUAAAGUUAGUGAGUCUCAUCAUGGCAGAUACUGGUGUCAGGGAGAGAGGAGCGAAAGACCAACCUCUUCACAUAAAAGCAGCAAAACAACUAUUGAAGUCAAAGCAUCAAAGCCCAAACUCACAUUAAGUCCAGGGCACCAGCUCCUCACAGGAGACUCGGUGACUCUGAGAUGUGAGUUGGGUGCUUCCGCUGGUUUGAUGUUCCACUGGUACAGAGACACACAGACCUCUGAUCCUGUGGCCCAGACUGAUGGAGACUCCUACAGCAUCAGCUCUGUUAAAGUCUCUGAUGGAGGACAGUACUGGUGCAGAGCUGGGAGAGGAGACCCAGUCCACUACACUCAAUAUAGUGAUGCAGCUGAGAUAAAGGUUACAGAAAGGCCGAAAGCCACCAUCACCCUGAAAUCAAACUGGACAGAGUUCUUCAGAGGAGAGGAAGUCUCUCUCAGAUGUGACAUAAAGAGUGGAGAGAGCAGUGACUGGGAGUACAGCUGGUUUAGGGAUGAAGUGAUGGUCUACAAUAGGUUUCCUUACCAUACAGACCUCAAGCCAGUCCAGAGUGGUCAUUAUAUAUGUAAAGGGAAAAGGAAACAUGAUAGGAAACUAUCAGAAAAAAGUGAUGCUGUUGGUAUUACAAUUUAUUCUGAGAAAGCCCGGGCAGUUCUGAGUUCCCUCUCACAGACCUGGCUGACUGAAGGAGACUCAGUGACUCUGAGCUGUGAGGUUAGAGGCUCCAGUACAGGCUGGAGAUUCCACUGGUACAAGACUGCCCCCUACAGGUCUGAGUUGACACAUAUCACUCAUGAAAACAGAAGAUAUUAUAUAGAGCUGAUCUCAGACAGCAUCAGAGGAGCUGGAGGCUCCUACACUCUCAGCCCUAGUGCUCUUAGAGACACAGGGGUUUAUGUGUGCAGAGCAGAGAGAGGAGAACCAGCCCAUCACACAGAGUUCAGCCAACCUCAGCCUCUCUGGGUCACAGGUGUGUCUCCUCCAGCUUAUGUGAUCAUCCGCUCAAACUGGACCCAGAUCUUCAAAUAUGAACAUCUUUUCCUGAGUUGUGGGGUUGAGAGCAACUCUGCUGGAUGGAGACUGAGGUGGUUCACAGGCAGAGGAGGACAAUCAAAGUGUCCCACUGACUGGAGAUCAGAAAGAGGAUCCAGCUGCAGCAUCAGCUCAGCAUCUCCAUCAGACAGUGGAGUGUACUGGUGUCAGUCUGAGUCUGGAGAGCAGAGUCCUGUCAACAUCACAGUGCACAAUGGAGAUGCGAUCUUGGAGAGUCCUGUCCAUCCUGUGACUGAGGGAGAUCCUCUGACUCUGCGCUGUAGAUAUCGCUCCAAGCCAUCAAACAUCAGUGCUGACUUCUAUAAAGAUGGGACACUCCUGCAGACCUCCACCACAGGAGAGAUGACCAUCCCUGCAGUCUCAAAGUCACAUGAAGGCCUCUAUAAGUGCAGAUACCCAGAAAGAAGAGGGUCACCAGAGAGCUGGAUCACAGUCAGAGAUGCUGGGUCCUCUGGAUCCUCUAAGAUGGUGGUAGCAGUGGGUGUGGUGAUUGGACUGCUUGUUGCCUUUGCUCUGGUCAUCUUACUGGCUCUGCUGUAUCGCUCUCAGAAAGCAAAAGGUUCAGUCUCAGUGACACCAAACCAUGGUCCAAUGCAGAGCAACAGUCACAGUUCAACUUCGCAGAAAAGAGUUUUAGGUGGUGCUGUGGCUGGAACUGGCGAUGUGGUCUAUGCCGAAAUUGAGUUGAAGAAUUCAGACAAGGAAAAGAAAGAAGUCAGGAGACGUGCAACCAUGUCAGACACUCUGUACUCACUCCUGAGGCCAGUGAAGAGUCCAGUAGUCUCAGAUGGAGGUGGGGACGGGUCCAGUGAUAUGACAUAUGCCAACGUUAAAUCAAAGAAACACAAGAAACAAGAUCCAGCUGGCCCCAGUGAUGUCACAUAUGCUGAUGUGCAGAUUAAAAUGAAACCACUGGGCAGCAGAGCCAAACCAGCAAAACAAUCAGAGAAACAUCUUUACUCAGCUGUGAAGACUGGUUGUUCAUCAACACAUCAACUCUUAAGUGUGUCCCUGGAAGAUCUACCAUCAACUUCCAGAACUGCAACUGCUAGUACUGUCAGAUGGUGAAUGCUACUCAGGCAAACACCAUUGUUACACCACUUUGAAGGAGAGCCUGGUCAUUUGGUCCCCUCAGCUUCUCCCUUUCUCAGUGAUAUGUUCAUUGUGGCUGGGAUAAUUGUGGGGCACUCUUUCCUUCAUGGAGGACCCUGCUUGUCUGGACUCUGUGAUGUGGUUGUCCAUACUGCUUCGUGGGAGCCCAGACACGGCUACAGUAAACCUGGAGGACUGUGCAGACCUGGACAUUAGAGAAACAAUCAGGCUUCUGGAGGUGGAAUCAAACCUAUCAGCUGAAGAAAUGGGAAGGGUACAGAACAUGGCCUCUUCCUGGGACCUCCCUCCGCUAACCACAACCAACAGGGCCCUUAAUGCUCUGCGGUGACAAAUGGAGCAACAAGGCUGACCGUGACAUCGGGAGAGCUGAGGCAGAUCAUCUUAAACAUGAUGCACCUGGACGGUCCGGUGGCGGAGACUUCAAGAAUUAAAUAAAAUUACAAUGAAAUGGAUAACGUUUGUUUGACUGUUUGUUUACGCCUAGCUUGCUAUUGUAAUGUAGGCCUAUUAGAUUAUGUAUUUAUCAUCUAGAUGGUUAAGUUGGUAAAUGAAAAUGCUUAAUGCACAUUUUAAAAGCCUAUAAUAGGAUAAUAUAGGCUUAUUUUA